CCGCCAAAAUCUCUGCAUACGAAUCUCUAACACACUACACACACUAUUCCAGAGAGAGAAAAACACAAACGAAAAAAAUGGCCGCAACAUCCAUUUCCUCCGCGACAAACAAGCUGACAGACCAAUCGCCGCCUCUUCCGCUCCACGCCACAGCCGCACGCCCCUCCGCCGCUAGCCUUUCCUUCUCCAAUUCGUCAAUUUCCAUCCAAAAACUCGCAAUCUCCGCCACCUCGAGGGAUCUGAGCUCGCGCAGCUCCGUAGUCAGCGCUCUGAAGACGGCGAGGGAAUCCGAGCAGGCGUCGCAGCCGCGGAAUUCAGAUCCGGAGGUGAAAUCGCCGAAGCCGACGAUUCUGGUCUCCGAGAAACUCGGAGAGGCCGGUCUCGACCUGCUGAGGAGCUACGGGGAGGUGGAGUGCCUGUACAAUCUCUCGCCGAAGGAUUUGUGCGCGAAGAUCGGGGAGUUCGAUGCGCUAAUCGUGCGGAGCGGCACGAAGGUGACGCGCCAGGUGUUCGAGGCGGCGAAGGGGAAGCUGAAGGUCGUCGGGCGAGCUGGCGUGGGGAUUGACAAUGUGGAUCUGCAGGCGGCGACGGAGCUUGGUUGUCUGGUGGUGAAUGCGCCGACGGCGAACACGAUCGCGGCGGCGGAGCAUGGGAUCGCGCUGCUCGCUGGAAUGGCGAGGAAUGUUGCUCAAUCUGACGCCUCAAUGAAGGCUGGACAAUGGCAACGUAACAAGUACGUUGGUGUCUCACUGGUUGGGAAGACAUUGGCUAUCAUGGGAUUUGGCAAGGUUGGCUCUGAGGUUGCAAGACGUGCUAAGGGCCUUGGAAUGCAUGUUAUAGCGCACGACCCAUAUGCCCCAGCCGAUAGAGCACGUGCCCUUGGUGUCGAGUUGGUCUCAUUUGAUGAAGCCCUCUCCACUGCUGACUUCGUCUCCCUCCACAUGCCUCUUACUCCUACUACAAACAAGCUAUUCAAUGACGCAACAUUUGCAAAGAUGAAGAAGGGAGUGCGCAUAAUAAAUGUUGCCCGUGGUGGCGUGAUAGAUGAGGAUGCUCUUGUGAGAGCCCUCGAUGAAGGAAUUGUUGCACAGGCUGCCCUCGAUGUCUUCACAAAGGAGCCCCCAUCAAAAGAUAGCAAACUAGUGCAACACGAAAACGUUACAGUUACACCACAUCUCGGUGCUAGCACAAAAGAAGCACAGGAGGGAGUUGCAGUCGAAAUAGCAGAGGCCGUUGUUGGUGCACUGAGAGGGGAACUUUCUGCAACUGCAGUAAAUGCUCCUAUGGUUCCUCCAGAGGUCCUGUCUGAGUUGGCUCCAUAUGUCAAUCUGGCUGAGAAGCUUGGUAGACUAGGCGUCCAGUUAGUUGCUGGAGGACGCGGAAUACAAUCCGUGAAGGUGGUCUAUGGCUCGGCCCGUGCCUCUGACAACAUGGACACGAGACUUCUCCGAUCCAUGAUAGUAAAGGGAAUCAUCGAGCCUAUCUCAGAUGCCCAUAUCAACCUAGUCAACGCAGACUUCAUAGCCAAGCAGAAGGGUCUAAGAAUCAGUGAGGAAAAACUAUUAGUCGACUCCUCUUCCGAGAGCCCCAUCGACUCCAUUCAGGUCCAGAUAAGCAACGUGGGGUCAAAAUUCGAGAGUGCAUUGCUGGAUAACGGGAACAUAAGCAUCGAGGGGAGAGUGAAGGACGGUGUGCCUCACCUGACACGCGUGGGAGCAUUCAGCGUGGACGUUAGCCUCGAGGGAAAUCUGAUCCUCUACCGCCAAGUCGACCAGCCUGGCAUGAUCGGGACAGUUGGGACGAUUCUUGGAGAGAGCAACGUGAACGUGAGCUUCAUGAGCGUUAGCCGGACUGUGAAGAGGGUGAAGGCUAUUGUGGCCAUCGGGGUGGACGAAGCGCCUAGCAAGGAAACACUCAAGAAGAUAGGCGAAGUGCCUGCUAUCGAAGAGUUUGUCUUUCUUGACCUCUGAACUUGAUUGUUUGUAUGUUUUAUGGAACUUCGCUGCGAGACAAAACUCUGUUUUUCAGUGACUCUUACAAUAAAAAUAGACAUCUUUAGGCUGCCGAUGAUGAAAAUCCACAGGAAGCAGCUUCUCUACAGUUAUGUUUAUCUGUUAUUGUUGUUGUUGUUUCGAUUUUAGAUUAGUUUUGGUAUGAUUGAAAAUCACCAUGUUGGCUGUUUUGGUAGAAGAAAAGGAAUUUGCCAUA